UACUUGUUCUUGACACACCCGACUUUAACGGCGUAAAAGUAAUGGAACCCCGGAAGGUGCGUAACCAUGUUCCGCUCGCGACUGGGUAAGGUAGAAAAAUGAAAACGUAUUUUGCAUCUCAACUCCUCCUAAGGAAGAGCGAAGGCAUACUAACGGCUCGCGAAAGAAACAAUAACCACACGUUUUGGAUGAGGAUGCAGUUUAUUUGUAACUGAAGGAAUGUUGCCUCGAGUUAAGCACAAGAAUGAACCGUAAAACAGUCCUAAUCGUUUUCUGUGUUGCGACUCUGCUCCUCCUUGUAUUCGGCUUAAUCUUCGAGUUAAGAUCACUCCGACGGUAUGCAGUGGAAAUAACCUCUGGAGACUGGGACGCUGGAAAGCAUGUUACGUUGGGGGAGCUCAAGUUAAACUACACUAAAAAGGCAGAGAGUACUGCAGCACCCCCACGUCCCACGUCUGUGCUCGGAAAUAUCAUUGACCAACAGUUGAACUACGGUUCAAGGACUCGUGUUCUGACACGUACAAAUUGGAAUGCUCCAAUCAUGUGGGAAGGGAUGUAUAACCCAAAACUCUAUGACGAGUACCACAAAACACGUGGCACCACAGUAGCAAUGACAGUGUUUGCUGCUGGAAAGUACCUGGAUGCUUACCUCAGAAAAUUUUUAAUAUCAGCAGAACUCCAUUUCAUGGUGGGUUUUCCAGUGACAUAUUAUGUGUUCACUGAUGCCCCAGAGAAUGUACCUGAUAUUCAGCUGGCAGAAGAUCGAAAACUGAAAGUCAUAAAGAUAGAGAAGCGUUACCACUGGCCGGAAAUUUCCAUGGUGCGAAUGCGAAUUAUUGCAGAUUUCAUAAAGAGUGAGCUCCAUGACCCAAAGCAGUUUAUUUUCUGUAUGGAUGUUGACCAGGAGUUUGUAGGAAGGUUUGGCUCAGAGGCUCUAGGAGACUCUGUGGCCUUGCUUCAUGCCCAUUUUUAUAAGAGGAGCCUACGAGAAUUCACAUAUGACCGUAAUCCAAAAUCAAGGGCUUACAUGAAUGAAGGGGACUUCUACUACCAUGCUGCUAUAUUUGGUGGCUCAUUGCAAAACGUGAAAAAGCUGACAGAAGCAUGUGAUGAGGCUAUGAUGGCGGAUAAAACAAAUGGAGUUGAAGCCCUUUGGCAAGAUGAAAGCCACCUUAACAAAUAUUUCUGGAUCAACAAGCCAAGCAAAUUACUUUCCCCAGAAUACUGCUGGGACAGGAGUAUUGGUGAUCGAAGAGACAUUUUUGUUGAGCGACUUAUGUGGGCACCAAAGGACUACGAACGACUAAGGACUUACGGAUAAUACUAUAUAAUCCAUCCAGCUUGAUUUGUACUAUAGGCUUCUUAAUGAUGGGACAAGUCUGGAAAGCUUGUUUGAACACAGGGAGAAAACUAAACUGAAUCUUUGAAAUGAAUCCAUUCAUUCAUUUUCCAAGCCGCUUAUCCUAAUUAGGGUCACAGGGUGCUGGAGCC